AUGGAGCCGCCGCUGCCCGAGGGACUGCCGAUCCUGGUGGUGGAGGAGCGGGGGGAGGUGGAGGUGCUGUGCAAGGCGCCCAAGGGUCACCCGCAGCCGAGGGUGUGGUGGGAGGAUCCGCAGGGGAGGGUGGUGCCGACGGGGGUCGUCGGGGGGGUGAGGGUCCAGGGGACGCAGCUCGUCGUGGAGCAGGCGAGGAAGGAGAUGGCGGGGAACUACACGUGCGUGGCGGAGAAUCUGGUGGGGAGUUCCAGGUUCGCGGUCCGGUUGUACGUGGAAGAGCCGCCGAGGUUCCUGGAGCGCGCGGUGGACACCGUGGUGGUCGACGAGGGAGGGAACAUCUUCCUCGAUUGCGGAUACGUCGGGCCGGGGUACCCCGUCAGGAGGGUGACGUGGCAGCUGAAUCAUCGUCCGAUCCACGAGGACGGGUGGCGGGUGCUGGUCCAGCAGCGGAACGCGAGCCUGGAGAUCCGGAACGUGGAGGUGCGGGACAAUGGGUCGUAUGCGUGCAUGGUGGCGACCAUCGGGUUUCCUCCCGUCGUUUCGGCUCCAGUGAAUCUCUUCGUGAAA